CAUUCAGUUACUGGCUCACUCUCUCUACUCUAAUCACGCGCUGCUCCUCGCCUCCUCACUGCAUCUGUCCUCCUCUCCCUGAAGUGAGAAACCAUGCAUCCUCCUUUCUCCUCCUCCUCCUCCUCUUCCUCCUCCUCCUCCUCUCUGCUUGUCCAUUGCUGUUCCAGGGUCCCUUUAUCACACAGAGUCCACUUGCUGCAAAGCCGGGGACCAUAAAAGCUCUGCUACUUGCUCGGGGACUUUGGAAACGGGACAAGGCUGUUUGCCAGGUCUGAGGACAUCUGAGGGAAAUGUUGCUUCAACUGGGAUGCAGAGCUUUCUGGGACCUCUGCUCUGUGUGUAACAGCAUUUAAUCCCUCUCAAAGUUCCAGGAGAAGACACGUCAGUCAAGAUUCUCAUCCCGUUCCGUCCUUGUUUCUCACAGAGCGCUGGCGACUCGCAGUGUGUGGAGUCAGACCAGCUCAGGAUCUCAGCACCUCACACACUGACCGGGACCGCCGCUGAUAUGUCUGAUCUUGACGUAGCUUAAGUUUGAGAACAUUCUCUCAAAGGAAAUGGAAUAAACUCGUGCAUCAUUUCCUGCUGUGCUCUCCAUAUGAGAAUCAGCAGCACCAGCCAGAAUUGGCAUGGACCUUUGAUUUUCAACUUCACAUAACGACACAAGCAAAAUCUAAGUUCUACAAACAAGAACAAAAAAAAAAAAAAAAGACUUUUAAGCACUUUAAGGACAAAAGCAGAGCAGCUCUAGUGGCCUUUGCCUACAGCCAUGCAGGUGUCCUUUGCAUGUACAGAUCAUGGGCUCAAGGCCCCUCGAAAUGGCGAGCACAGCAAACAGAACGCCACGAGCCCCAACACAGCCAGCCAGGCACGUGCCCGGUUCCGCACAGUGGCCCUGAUAGCUCGCAGCCUGGGGUCCUUCACCCACCGCUACCACCACAGCCUCAAGGAGUCCACGGCCAAGCUCACCGGCAUGAAGUACCGGAACCUGGGGAAAUCUGGACUGCGUGUCUCCUGUCUGGGGCUCGGAACAUGGGUAACAUUUGGAGGUCAGAUCUCUGAUGAGGUGGCAGAGCAGCUGAUGACUAUCGCCUACGAGAGCGGGGUCAACCUCUUCGACACGGCCGAGGUCUACUCCGGGGGGAAAGCAGAGAUAAUCCUGGGAAACAUCAUCAAGAAAAAGUGCUGGAGGAGAUCCAGCCUGGUGAUCACCACAAAGCUGUACUGGGGAGGAAAAGCGGAGACAGAGAGGGGCCUCAACAGAAAACACAUCAUUGAAGGUUUAAAGGGCUCCCUCCAGAGGAUGCAGCUUGAGUAUGUGGAUGUUGUCUUUGCCAACCGGACAGACAGCAAUACUCCCAUGGAGGAGAUAGUGAGAGCAAUGACACACGUGAUCAACCAGGGGAUGGCCAUGUACUGGGGGACAUCACGGUGGUCUGCCAUGGAGAUCAUGGAAGCAUAUUCUGUGGCCAGGCAGUUUAAUCUCAUCCCGCCAGUGUGUGAACAGGCUGAGUAUCAUUUCUUCCAGAGGGAAAAAGUGGAAACUCAGCUUCCAGAGCUCUACCAUAAGAUAGGUGUGGGUGUGGUCUCUUGGUCGCCUUUGGCCUGUGGAAUAAUCACUGGAAAGUAUGAGAACGGCAUCCCAGAAUCCUCCAGGGCCUCAAUGAAGCCAUACCAGUGGUUGAGGGAGAAAAUAAUGAGCGAGGAAGGGAGAAAACAGCAAGCCAAACUAAAAGAGCUGGCUCAUAUCGCGGAGAAGCUCGGAUGCACUUUGCCACAGCUAGCCAUAGCCUGGUGCCUGAGAAACGAGGGAGUGAGCUCAGUACUUCUGGGGUCCUCCAGUCCAAGCCAGCUCACAGAGAACCUGGGAGCCAUUCAGGUGAUUCCAAAGAUGACAGCAGGCAUUGCCUCAGAGGUGGAUCAUAUAUUAGGCAACCGUCCACACAGUAAAAGGGACUACCACCAUUAGGAUGGACCUGUUUUUAGUGAACUAUGCUCCAAAAGCUUAUCAAAGCUCACUUCACAGCCAUGGCACCGCGAGCAUGUGCCCAAGAUUGCUUGUGUGUGCAUAUGACUGUGUGUGUGUGUGUGUGUGUGUGUGUGUGUGUGUGUGUGUGUGUGUGUGUGUGUGAGAGAGAGAGAGACUAUGUAAUGUGUUCUGCUUAGCUCCUUCAACCAGUACUCAUUAGCGUAAAAUGAGCUACUUGACAAAGCAUGCAUGCUACAGCUACAGUAGCCAGCAACUGGAGUAAACAAAACAAAGACGCAGGAUCCAGCAAGAUAAUUGCUAGUGUUUAAAACUUCUUCAACUCCAACAAACAUCGCAGAAGGUGCUGAACCACAAAUUCACAGACGCAAAGGAUUAUUUAAUUUUGACAUGUUUGUUCAAAUUACUGUCAGCAUAGGUGAAACAAAAACUUAGAGAAACAUACUAACCCAGAAGCAUCACAUAAAGCUUAGCAGGUAUAGCAAGUGCACAGCAAAAGGUAAUUUGUAUCAAAAAGUAUGCGUUACAGAAUUCAACUCUACUAGGUGUGUUUUGAAGUGUAAAACAACAAAAAAAGAACAGAAAAAGAAAAGGCACUGAUGCAUAAAAUUUGGGCCUGGUGUCAGCAAACUGGAUGAACAGUUGUCGUUGCAGCUGGAGCUGGUCUGUCAUCAUGAUGAAUUGUUUCAGUACUGGAUGAACUGAAAUUCUGCUCACGAGAUUUUUCGCUUAUACCAAGAGAGCUAAUUUUAACAGAAACAUGUUUCAAAACAUCUGUACUGACUGUUAUAAAUAAAUAUAAAUCCUUAAUAAGCAGCUAUGUCAGAAUGAGAUUUCUGCCUCCUUAUAUUUUGUUUUGGAGGGUUUUUUUGGUCAGUUUCACUUAUGCAAAAGCACUGCAGAGGGUACUUUCCUACUAUGUCCCUUUUACCCCUUUCAGUUUGUACUCUGCUGGACUUUCUGUCAGUAGUGAUAACGUCCGAUUCAUUUAACUUCAGUUUGUGUUGUGACUAAAACAUUUGUCAAGUCUAAAGGGGAUCUUGUGGAUUGAACAAACAAAAAGCCAUGUAGCUAAUGAAGAGAAAAAUAAAUAAAUAAUGUCACCAUAUGGACCCCUGCAGUAACAGCACCUGGAACUUGUUGAAUUUUUGCCCAACUUCUCCCAGAUGCCAGCUUUAUGUAAUGGGAUUAUCUUUGUUAUGUUUGUUCAGACAUGCACUUUGGUGUUGUUCAUCAGAUACAUGAAAAUAAAAAGUGA